AUGGCUGUCGACCCCUUUGACUCAGCUCUCGACCUCCUGCGCCGUCUCAAUCCCAAGCAGACAACCGACCAUCUCAACGCCAUCAUCUCCAUCGCCCCUGACCUGACCGAAGAUCUCCUCUCGUCCGUCGACCAGCCCCUUACCGUGCGCCGCUGCAAGCAGACUGGCCGAGACUACCUCCUUUGCGACUACAAUCGCGAUGGCGACAGCUACCGCUCUCCAUGGUCCAACCAGUUUGACCCGCCCCUGGAUGAGGCUGGCUCUGGUGGUGUAGGCGCAGGUGGAAACGAGGGCGCAGGCGAGGGUGCGAUCCCAAGCGAGCGUGUUCGCAAGAUGGAAGUUAAGGCGAACGAGGCCUUCGAUGUCUAUCGCGACCUGUAUUACGAAGGCGGCGUGAGCAGUGUUUACUUCUGGAAUCUCGACGAUGGAUUUGCAGGCGUUGUCCUUCUUAAGAAAGCUUCUCCCCAAGGUGGCAAUUCCGAGGGUGUCUGGGACUCCAUUCAUGUUUUCGAAGCUAUCGAGCGAGGACGAAGCACUCACUACAAGCUCACAUCUACCGUGAUCCUGACGCUGUCGACUGGUGGUGGUAAUCUGGGCGAGAUGGACCUCAGCGGCAACAUGACACGCCAGGUCGAGCAGGAUCUCCCUGUCGAGAACGACGAUAGCCACAUUGCCAACGUCGGACGGUUGGUUGAGGAUAUGGAGCUCAAGAUGCGCAAUCUCCUGCAAGAGGUUUACUUUGGCAAGGCCAAGGACGUCGUGGGUGACUUGAGGAGUAUUGGAAGCUUGAGCGAAGGGGCACGGGAUCGCGAAGCACAGCGAGAGCUUAUUGGAAGCAUGAGGAGAUGA